AUGAUCUCGCUGGACUUCAACUUCAACAUCUUGACCCGGGACCUGUCGCAUUAUCUGGAGAACCAAGUGAGAGUGGGUCUGCUGGGCUCGGGAGUGGGACUGUCCCUGGUGCUGGGCUUCAGCGCAGCCUACACCUGCUACUACCUGAUCUCAGUAGCGAAGAAGCCACAACUCAUCUCGGGGGGGAAUAAGUUCUACCAGUUCCUGCGGGAACAAUGUCCGGUGGUGUCGGAGACCUACUACCCCACCUUCUGGUGCUGGGAGAGCCGCAUCCAGACUCUGCUCAGACCCUUCGUCACAGCCAAACCGGGGGUUGUUUACAGAAAUGAGCUUAUUAAGGGAGCAGAUGGAGGACAGAUCUCUCUGGAUUGGUUUGAUAACGAUGACAGCCUCGCUCAUCCCGACCCUGCAACCAGGCCCACGGUGCUCCUUCUCCCCGGUCUGACCGGCACCAGCCGAGAGUCCUACAUUCUGCACAUGGUCCAGCAGAGCCGGGAUCUGGGCUAUAGGUGUGUGGUAUUCAACAACAGAGGGGUUUCUGGCGAAACGCUACUGACCCCAAGGACGUACUGUGCAGCCAACACAGAGGAUCUGGAGACUGUCAUCGACCACAUCCAGAGUUCCAAUGAAGCUGCUCCUAUCAUGGCUGCUGGCGUGUCCAUGGGCGGGAUGAUGCUGGCCAAUUAUCUCGGGCGAAAGGGCCGGGAAACCUGCCUGAAAGGUGUCGUAGUCUUCUCAGCAGGCUGGGACGUAUUUGAGUGCACCGCUUCGCUGGAAAAACCCCUCGACCGUUUCCUCUUCAACUCCUACCUCACCAGCUGCCUCCAAGCCUCCGUGCACAGACACAGACCAGUGCUCGAAAAUUGUUACGACAUCGAUCAUGUCAUGAAGGCAAAGACCAUCCGGGAGUUCGACGAGCGGUUCACCUCCAUAAUGUUCGGUUACCCUACCAAUGACGACUACUACCACGAUGCCAGUCCUGUCCACAGGCUGAAAUCUGUGCAGGUGCCAAUGCUGUGUCUGAACGCUGCUGAUGAUGUCUUCUCUCCGUCUCAUGCCAUUCCAGUGGAGGCAGUGAAGCAGAAUCCCAACCUGGCCCUUCUCAUUACCUGUCAUGGCGGCCAUAUUGGCUUCCUGGAGGGCCUGUGGCCUCGACAGAGCACUUACAUGGACCGGGUCUUCAAGCAGUUUGCCAAGGCAGUCAUCGAACAAGGCGGCCGACUCAAAGACCUCUCCUGA